CCACACCCAUCUACCCAGCUUGGGGAAGGGAGAAGUGACCGCUGAUGCCCCCCCCCUUCAGCACAGGAGACCCUGAGCUCUGGGGAGCUCUGUCCAGGUUGGCAUCAGGAGACCUCGGCACCUGCCUCUGUAGGGCUGGAUGAUGAGAGGCAGGCGUGGACCCCCUCCCUCAAGCCUGGGUCCUUACCAGAUGUCCAGAAUGAGGAGUGUGGCAACAAUGGCGUAGACCCCGUCGCUGAAGGCCUCCACCCGCUCCUUGCUGAGAGGUUCAUGCAGGUCAAAAGUGAAGAAUUCCACGCUGUGAGCUGGGGGCUCUUGGGGGCCUGUGGACGCGCAGGAGGGAGAAGCUGGCCAGGGGAGGGGACUCUGCAGGGACACCUGGCUGUGAUGGGUGCCUGGGCCCUUCCCACGCUCCACAGGCCUUAGGGAGCAGUGCCGAGGCCCCACACACCAGCCUGCCCGAGCACCUACCCACAAGCCUGCCCUUGCACCAGCUGGAGGCCUUGCUGACGUAGGGAAGGAAGAUGACCGUCGCCAUCAGCAGGUACGACUGCGUGAGACACAGGACAUGUCAGGAGGCGAUGCGGUGCCCGGAAUCCCACCCAGAAGCCAUCCGCUCCAAAGGGACAGCAGUGCCAGCAACAGAAGAAAACACAUGUGACUUCUACCUCAUCAAGCUGAAAAACUUUUGUGCAUCAGAGUAUUUCCAGAGGAAUGAAAAGGCAGCUCACAGAACGUGAGGAAAAUGCCUCCACAGCAAAGACACAACACCCAACCAAGGUGGGCAGACAUUUCUCUGAAGAAGAUACACAGUGGCCGACCCGCACGGGGAAAGGUGCUGAGCGUCACCAAGCAUCAGGGAAAUGCGGGUCAAAGCCACGGGCAGACCCCACCCCACAGCCCGCAGGACGGCUGCUCUCAAAGGAGCGGAGACCGACAAGCCUCGGCGAGGACGUGGGGCGCAGCCGCCGUGGAAAACACCGUGGAGGGUCCUCAAAACACUAAGCACAGAAUGAGCCCACGGCCCAGCCAUUCCACGUCUGGGUGUGUUCCCCGGAGAACGGAGAGCAGGGUCUCGAUGAGAUGCCGGAACCCCCGUGUUCACGGCAGCAUCAUGCCCAGCAGCUGGGACAGGGAAGCACCCCAGUGUCCGUGGAUGGACCAGUGGCCAGUACCUCGAGGUCAGCUGAUGUGGGGACACGACUGUACGCACAGCACAAUCAGGGAGACAGCGGGACACUUCCGACGCGUCACAGAUCUCUCCCUAAGCAAGUUUCCGUGCUUCAAGAGACCGCAACGCAAGCAUCAUUCAACAGACACCCUGAGGGAGGUGCCGCCCAGCUGUGACGCAGGUACACAGGGCAUGGUCACUGCCCAGCCGCACAUGGACCCAACGCUGUGUCACCUGUUACCCCCAGGACACACUGGACACCGGCCCAUGCAGCCCAGGCCCUGGCAGUGGGCACAGACUACCUUGUCCUCCGCUCGGCUCACCCAGGCCACCCAUACCACACACGCCAGCCGUCCCUCCGAUCCUCCAUGCAGUGACCCUCGUCAUUGCUCAAGCCCUGACUUUGUCCAACCAGUACGUGCUGUUGACCACCCUGAACGCACAGCCAGGAGAGACGGUCCCACUCGAAACCAGGACGUGUACACAUCCUCAGACCAUAUGCCCCUUACUGCUGACUCCUGUCCAAUGCAUCCCCCUUCUGGCCCUGCCCUGUCCACUGGGAGCGACCCUGCUAGAGGCCACAGCCAAGGAUGCCCUGCCCGACCCCAAGCGCCCCUGCAGCAUCCUUCCCACCAGCACCCCUGCACCUCAAACAUGCUCAAGACUGAGGAGACCAAGCAGUGUCCUGAGGCCUGCCCCUCACCUGACACGCCAGUGUGCACCUUCCCCCGCUCUACCUGCCCGGCCCUGACCUCUGGACGCCUUGGCCGCUCAGCCCCCACCAGGCAGCUCCGUCCUGGAGGGAACGAUGCUCAGCAGUGGCCCUUGCUAGCCUACCUGUUUCAAACUUGGCAUCUCCUGAAAUGUUUACUAGACAUUUAAAACAACAUCAACCAUUUUUUCACAGUUACGAUGCUUUGGGCCUGAAACUUCACUGCGCUUCACGAGAGCUCAGGUCCAGGCAGGAGCCACGCAUAAAGCUUCCACAAUCGACUCUGA